AUGGAACCUUCUGAACCCCGCAAAAUCGCCAUUGUAGGUGGCGGCCUCACAGGAAUCACCUCUUUCUGGGCCCUACAGAGCUCCUGUCAUGAUGUUCACUUAUUCGAAGCCUCGGCGGCACUGGGUGGGCAUAUGAAGUCUUGGCUGUUUGAGAGUCGUGGCAACCAAGUCCAAGUUGAUCAAGAGUUGCCAACGUUUAACCCCGAGGCUUGUCCCAACCUUGUUUCACUAUUGUACCACCUGGGGAUACCUACAACAGCGGUACCUUUCUCAUUCGGCGUAUUAGACGAUACUUCCAUCUUCAAGUGGCAUAUAAGUAUCGUGAAAAGUAUUCUUCUUAGCCCACAGAUACUGUGCAAGCUGAAGACUUACCGGCUCCUACUCGAUGUCGUCAGCCUGAGGUAUCUUGGUGCGGACGUUCUGGCCCACCCGGCUACUGAGCUUGCGAGUGCUCAAGAUUUGGCGGAUAUCUACCUGGCGGAAAAAAGCUACUCUAACAAUUUUCGAGACCGAUAUCUUACCCCAUUGCUUUCGAUGCUCUGGCGAACAAAUGCUGGAAGAUAUCUGCCGCAUAUCCCCAUCAAGGCACUGGCUCGAUCUCUGAAUGACCAUCAAAUCCUAUCCACAUGCGAAACAGUACCAAAAUGGCGACGGAUUGAUCCUGGAGUUAGGUACCUGAUAGAAGCCAUGAUCAAACAUCUACCCCAUGAAAAGCUCCAUCUUCGGACAAAGGUGCAAGAGGUAAUUCGACGUCCCAAGGCCCAAUAUGACCUUGUUACAUCCGGCGGUAAACAGUCACAUUUCGAGGAUUUCGAUCAUAUCAUCUUUACAGUGGAUGGACCUGAAAUACUUCAACUUUUAGGUUCUAAAGUGAAUGCCGAGGAGAGAGAUAUCCUCCGGGGCCUCGGUGUCGCAAGAAACAUUGCAAUUCUACAUUCAGACAAGCCUUCAACCAGCGACAGUGCCGUACCUGGUCACAAUUAUAUUAUGGCAUCUCGCAAUUUCCGAGGACCAGAGUUCAGUCCUCCCAUGUCUUGCCUAAGAUACGAUAUCAACAUCCUUCAAGAUGUUCCAAUUUCGCGAUUUGGUGAUGUACUCAUAACGCUGAACCCGCUCUCACCGCCUCACCCUAGCUUUGUGCAGGGAGUGUGGGAGUUUACUGAACCUGAACCAACCGCUGAAUCGCUUGGCGCACAGUCGCGCCUCCCCUCGAUCCAGAAUACACGAGGUCUAAGCUACGGCUUCUGCUGGACAGGCCGCGGCCUCCUGGAGGACGCGAUUACUUCUGGCCUGAGAAUGGCCGUUGAGGAUCUCGGUGCCACUAUCCCGUUCAACAUCGCUUUUCACUCGGAGCCCCUAGCUUCAACUGACUAUUCAAAGCAGCGUCCCGGGAUCAGAGUCCAUCUUAUUAAGACUGUACUGCAGGCGAUUCGUCUCUUGGUUGUUGUAUUGGAGAUUUUAUUGUUAUUGCUGCGUCGUGUUCACACACCCGCAUCCAAGAUUAGGGCUCGUCUGAGUUUCUUCAGGAUCUUGAGAUCCCCUUAA